AUGAGCCAAGAAGGAGUUGUACGAAACAUUUGGAUCAGUUUACAAGCGCUUAAUGUAUCCCUGGGACUAGCAACGCUUCCUUUUGUACCUCUCUAUCGUGUUUGUGUGGGUGGUACUCACAAUGCUCAAGAAGCUACGGCUACGACAAGUGACCAGCUACUUGAUCUACGUCCUGUGAACUCUUUUUCACUCACACGCUCGGCCUUUGACGCUGUGGGUGUGACACUGGAACGUACAUUGGCUUUGGCAAUUUUUGAGACUAUUGCAGUUGUACAGACUGUAUCCCUUACGUGGAUUGUAGUGCUGAUGCUUGGAGUUUAUUGGGUCUUUGGAGACGACACGGAAAAAGGAGUGUGGGCUGUGUGGUCGAACACGACGUCAUACGUGACGUUUGUAGCAAUUGUUACCAUUGCACUGCAUACAAAGCAAUUUGACCGUCUAAGGGCUCAUCAACAGCUACAACUUGGAGCUGGUUUAGAGGAAGAUGAGUUGAUGACAGUGGCGCCGACAGCAUUGGCGGGAGGAAGCACUGCUGGUGGAGGAGACACGGAGACGACGACUAUCGCUGACGAUAAGAAUCUUGCGCCAAGUGGUGUACAUACGCCGAUUUUGCAAUCAAAUCGCAUCGACUUGUAUUUUACACUGAAUCAAGAGCUGCAUACAUGGUCGACGACGCAAAACACGGCUCAAACCGUGGAGAGAAAGCUGCGACCUGCAUUGUAUGGCGCUGCAGUGAGUGGCAAUGGCGCAGCCGUGGAGAAUCUGUUACAGCGUGCAGAACAUAUGCUUGGAUCCAAACUGCGGCUGGAUGUGCUGCUCGAUCAAAUGUACGCGACACCCCCGUUGGUUUGUCGAAUGUUCUCACGUCGGACACACAAUCCACUGCAUGUGGCGUGUCGUGCUGGCGACGUGCGCGUCGUUUCCAUCCUGCUUGAGGCGGGUUUGAAUCCAAAUUGUCUCGAUAAAAUUUCUGGCGCCACUUUUAGUCUGGAGCUGCUGUACGAGUUGUGCCAAUUGCGAGUAAAGAAGGUGACGCAUAUAUUGGGAGCACCCUUGCAUGUGGCUGCAUUACACGGUCACACGCAGGUCAUUGAUCUCCUGGUAAAAUUUGGAGCUAAUUUGGAUAUCAUGGCUCAAUCAAGCUUUUUUUCGCGCUCCAUGCGUGUCACCCCAAUCUUCUUAGCAGACUCAUCCGACGUUGUGGAGUCCCUCAUUCGACAUCGAGCCAAUAUCCUGCUGGUUCCGGGAAAUGGAAACGCCGCCAACACAACGGUACUUCAACGCGCGCAGCUCUCUGGCCGCCGUGAACUUGCGACAGUGCUUGAGGAGUGGGGUGCUGAUGUGGCGCUUACUCCUCUACAUGAGGCUUCAGCUGCGGGAAACAUUGCUGCUGUGCAGCAUUUGCUGUCGUGGGGUAUCAGCCCAGACACAAUGGGCGAAUUUCAACGCGGUGUGAAUAGCCGCACACCCUUACACUGGGCAGCCGUGAUGGGAAGACGUCGUGUAAUUACUGAGCUUGUGAAACACGGUGCUGAUGUCAAUGCUAAGGACAGCUAUGGACGAACUCCACUGCACUGGGCAGCACGCCAUAACUAUGCUAGUGCAGUUGAAGAGCUUCUUGCCGUAGAUGCAGACUACUUGCAGUUGGAUCAUUAUGGUAUGACACCACUAGCGUUUGCCGUGGAUGGCGGCCUUUUGCGAAGUGAUUGCGUGGAACUGUUUGUCCGUUUUGGGGCGGAUGUAAGCGCAAUAAUUCUUAACGAGAUAGAGGAGACUCCUCUUCACAUCGCGUUGCGUCUGGGAUAUAAAGAUACCGCGUUGGCUUUGCUCGUCGAUGGAAAGGCGGAUCUGUACGCGGUCAAUGGAGAGGGACGUCGUGCUGUUGAGUGCUGUGCAUCAGCUGAGCUACAAUAUGCAGUAAAAGUUGCAGGAGGGUGUGUCGACGUUGUGCUCUCCUUUGACCCGGUUUUUCGCGCUUUUGCCGAGCACGUGCGAGCCGGUAUUGAGCAAAAUUUCAUGACUGUGUACAUGCGCACCGAGCAGGAAGAUGCGGUGGGCAGAGAGGGGGGUGGUGCAUCAGAGACAUCGCUGGACGUGAUGAAGACUGCUUCUGCAUUUGUUUGUAUGCUCAGCGACGGGUAUGCACAGAGUAUUCUGUGCAUGGAUGAACUUGCCUCUGCCAAACAACAUGAGGUCCCAGUAGUGCCGAUUUCGUGCGACUCUGUCAAAAUGUCUGAGGAACUGCAGGUGUAUGUUUUUACGAGGCAGAUCGUGCCAUUUGGCCCAGCUGUUACUUUGCAUUAUUCAAAGACAGCAGAGUUUAGCAAAGAUGGUUCUGCUGUAUCAGACUCGUCAACCAUGGAUCGCGUCGAAUUUGAGAUUGAUGAGGAUAAAUUUCAGGCCAGUCUCAGAAGCCUCAUUGACGGCUUGCGUGAUGAGGUGGAAAUGCAUCGGCUCGGAGGCGAUCGCGAUCUGGCAGAUAAGUUGCGAGCUAGUAAACAUCAGUCUCUGGACAGGGCUGCAACUUUGAGGCACCGACGAAUGGAUGAGGUUGUAAACGCUGUAAUAAUUCGUGGUACUGGGAGGAGGAGGAAUACGCUUGAAGGAAGGCCGGUAUUUUCAAUCUUUGUUUCGCAUGGAGACUGCCAUCGAGACUUCGUGACGAAUCUAUGCACAGAGCUGCGGCGUCACCAAUUCCCAUUCGUUGUUGAUUCCAUGACGAACGUGUCGAGCACUAAGGAACGUAUUUUAGCAGCAAAGGAUGCCAUUUUACAAAGCUCAGUAUUUUUAGUUGUGCUAUCGGAGCGAAGCGUGAAAACGGAACUGGUAAGUGACCAGCUCGCGUUUGCUGAAGACAAAGGGAAAACGAUUGUGCCCAUUUACCAUUCCAAACGACCACAAGGCGUGGAUUUUACCUUAGGCAGACUUCUCGAGCGACAGGGCCGCGUGUACAUCUUUUCCAGCGACAUAAGCUAUGGUCGUGGAUUCGGUGAAUUAUUGCACGACCUACGCACAGGUGUCAGCGAGGAUGCUUGCCCAAGUAGUGCUGAUGUUUCAUUGUCGUCGAGUCCAGUUACACAAGCUGCAGCUCGUCGUUUACUACAGAAUGUAACCAUUGUCAACGGAGAAAGCCCGUCACACCAGCCACUUUCCAGCGUCGGUUAG